AUGAGUACGGAGGAGGCGAACGUGGAGGCCGAUAAUUUCCGCGCAUUAGAGGAGGACCUCGUGGCUCGUCGCUCUCGUGGUGAGCUUAGUAGUGAAGAUUACGAGCUCAUGUUGGAGGGAAUACGCGCUCGUCAGCGUCGCGAUCGUCCCUCGCCACGUGUAGAGCAAGCCGCGGGAGGAACUAGUGCGUGGGAUAUGGCUGUUGAUGGCGGAGAUGGCGAUGACGAGGAGUUUGAUGGGUUGGUGUCGCGUGGGGUCCUGCGAGGAACGACUCGGUUUAGUACGGCUAGCGUCGGUGGUAUACAGGAGCGUGUUCAUCGCGCAGCGGCGUCACACGAGCGUGCGAACGUAGGACGACGGAGCGUUGCUGGAGGAGGGAAUGCGGAGGAGUACGAUAGUGGAGCUAUGCCAGGCAUUACCCCUCCUUCUGCUGAACCUGAUGAGGAUGAUGAGGGGAAUGAGGAUGAUGAGGGGAAUGGGGAUGAUGGGGGGAAUGGGGAUGAUGAGGGGAAUGAGGAUGAUGAGGGGAAUGAGGAUGAUGAGGGGAAUGAGGAUGAUGAGGGGAAUGAGGAUGAUGAGGGGAAUGGGGAUGAUGGGGGGAAUGGGGAUGAUGAGGGGAAUGAGGAUGAUGAGGGGAAUGAGGAUGAUGAGGGGAAUGAGGAUGAUGAGGGGAAUGAGGAUGAUGAGGGGAAUGGGGAUGAUGAGGGGAAUGGGGAUGAUGAGGGGAAUGAGGAUGAUGAGGGGAAUGGGGAUGAUGGGGGGAAUGGGGAUGAUGAGGGGAAUGGGGAUGAUGAGGGGAAUGAGGAUGAUGAGGGGAAUGGGGAUGAUGGGGGGAAUGAGGAUCAUGAGGGGAAUGGGGAUGAUGGGGGGAAUGGGGAUGAUGAGGGGAAUGGGGAUGAUGAGGGGAAUGAGGAUGAUGAGGGGAAUGGGGAUGAUGGGGGGAAUGGGGAUGAUGAGGGGAAUGAGGAUGAUGAGGGGAAUGAGGAUGAUGAGGGGAAUGAGGAUGAUGAGGGGAAUGGGGAUGAUGAGGGGAAUGGGGAUGAUGAGGGGAAUGAGGGUGAUGAGGGGAAUGGGGAUGAUGGGGGGAAUGGGGAUGAUGAGGGGAAUGGGGAUGAUGAGGGGAAUGAGGGUGAUGAGGGGAAUGGGGAUGAUGGGGUGAAUGGGGAUGAUGAGGGGAAUGAGGAUGAUGAGGGGAAUGAGGAUGAUGAGGGGAAUGGGGAUGAUGAGGGGAAUGAGGAUGAUGAGGGGAAUGAGGAUGAUGAGGGGAAUGAGGAUGAUGAGGGGAAUGGGGAUGAUGAGGGGAAUGGGGAUGAUGAGGGGAGUGAGGGUGAUGAGGGGAAUGGGGAUGAUGGGGGGAAUGGGGAUGAUGAGGGGAAUGAGGAUGAUGAGGGGAAUGAGGAUGAUGAGGGGAAUGGGGAUGAUGAGGGGAAUGGGGAUGAUGAGGAGAAUGAGGGUGAUGAGGGGAAUGAGGAUGAUGAGGGGAAUGAGGAUGAUGAGGGGAAUGGGGAUGAUGGGGGGAAUGGGGAUGAUGAGGGGAAUGAGGAUGAUGAGGGGAAUGAGGAUGAUGAGGGGAAUGGGGAUGAUGGGGGGAAUGGGGAUGAUGAGGGGAAUGAGGAUGAUGACGGGAAUGAGGAUGAUGAGGGGAAUGAGGAUGAUGAGGGGAAUGAGGAUGAUGAGGGGAAUGGGGAUGAUGAGGGGAAUGGGGAUGAUGAGGGGAAUGGGGAUGAUGAGGGGAAUGAGGAUGAUGAGGGGAAUGGGGAUGAUGGGGGGAAUGGGGAUGAUGACGGGAAUGGGGAUGAUGAGGGGAAUGGGGAUGAUGAGGGGAAUGGGGAUGAUGGGGGGAAUGAGGAUGAUGAGGGGAAUGGGGAUGAUGGGGGGAAUGGGGAUGAUGAGGGGAAUGGGGAUGAUGAGGGGAAUGAGGAUGAUGAGGGGAAUGGGGAUGAUGGGGGGAAUGGGGAUGAUGAGGGGAAUGAGGAUGAUGAGGGGAAUGAGGAUGAUGAGGGGAAUGAGGAUGAUGAGGGGAAUGGGGAUGAUGAGGGGAAUGGGGAUGAUGAGGGGAAUGAGGGUGAUGAGGGGAAUGGGGAUGAUGGGGGGAAUGGGGAUGAUGAGGGGAAUGAGGGUGAUGAGGGGAAUGGGGAUGAUGGGGGGAAUGGGGAUGAUGAGGGGAAUGAGGAUGAUGAGGGGAAUGAGGAUGAUGAGGGGAAUGGGGAUGAUGAGGGGAAUGAGGAUGAUGAGGGGAAUGAGGAUGAUGAGGGGAAUGAGGAUGAUGAGGGGAAUGGGGAUGAUGAGGGGAAUGGGGAUGAUGAGGGGAAUGAGGGUGAUGAGGGGAAUGGAGAUGAUGGGGGGAAUGGGGAUGAUGAGGGGAAUGAGGAUGAUGAGGGGAAUGAGGAUGAUGAGGGGAAUGGGGAUGAUGAGGGGAAUGGGGAUGAUGAGGGGAAUGAGGGGGAAUGGGGAUGA